AUGAGCAGAAGCAAGCAAGGGGCAUUGCAAGCCAAGCGGAGAAAGCAGCGUCAGGAGGCUGAGUCCAUCCAAAAACUUAAGGCAAAAUGCGCGCAGGAACAUGGCAAGGCUCAUGUAGCGCAUUGCAAGGACUGCUACGGGGAUGUCGUGGAGACGAUGAGAAGCAGAUACAUCGACUCUAAGGACGAGUGGUUCUCCGACGAUAAGGCCUUUCUGAGCGAUCUCGACAGCUUGUUCGUGAAGCUAAAGGACUUCAAUGAAGAUCUCAAAACCAUUGAGGCCCGGAUCGAAAAAGAAAAGCAGAGACACUACCGCGAGUCCCUUCCCAAGUCAGCAGCGGGACGCGUAGCCGAAGGCUCGAUGGGCAGGGACGCGUUCCAGGCCGCUUUGGAGGACGAAGAGAAACCCACAUCUUCACUCAUCGAGGAUGUUAGGAGAGCCGUUAGCCAGGGUGUUGACGACGCACCGAGCCUAGAGGAGCUGGCACCCAUGUUCGAUGACCUGGUUCUCGAGAAGGAGACUGACGUUCUCAUCGAUGUCUUCUUUCGAGACCCCAGUACAGGUGAGGUCCCAGCAUCAUGUAAAAGCUACGUGGAGAAGCUGCGCUCCGGCGCUUCUAUCGAGGAUGUUGUGUGCGCCAUGGCGGCCGACAGGCCAGCUAGGUCGCAAGCCUCGGGAAACAUGGACAGGCACAAACGGACACUUAACGAGCUUAAGAGGGCGCAAGCAGCACAUGAGCAGGAUAAGCUCCUCAAAGCUCAGAAGCGACAGCAGCCCCCUCCUCAGGGACCCCAGGUCAAUAAGGAACUAUACGAUCUCCCGCCGUGCCUCGCAUGCUCAGGCAAGGUGUCACCAGACGAGGUCAUCGCGUGCCCGUUGUGCUUGGUCUUCGCCGAGCUGAGCCUGACUAAGAGAACGGUCUUCGACUCGGAGAAAUGCUACGAUGAGGCAUAUGUGAGCCUUUCCACAAUAAUCUCCAUGGCGAGCCGCAUGCUGACAACUACUCAGGAUGAACAUGUUCAAACCGCACACAGCUGCGCCGCCGGCGAAGGAUGCAUUCAGCUUAAGGAUGAGGAUGAGGAAAUGGGUGGCAGCGGCGACGGACCCGUUAUCUGUGAAGAAUGUGCAGAGCAGCUAGGGCAAAGUAUAGUUUACUGCUCAUCGCGUUGCGCAAGUUCCGAUUUUCAGGAGCACCGGGAAGGCGUCCACAUUCCAAAUUGGAAGGGACUUGGCAUCGACAUCGGCACCCAGGGAGAGCAUCUGGUCUACGACAACGACGAGAAGACCAAGUACCACGUGAACGACAUCUCAAAGUUCGUGUGGCGGCUCGACGAUGCAUUUGAGCGCGUCUUCAAGGGCAACAACUCUGACAUUAACGAUAUCCAGCACUGA